AGUUACCCAAAAUGGCCACCAACUGGAGGUGGUCCAUAUUGGCUUGUUUCUUGGCUCUUUUGGCCGGAACUCAGAGCGAGAAUCUUGGAGAUACUACACCCGGUGAGGAAGAGGAUUUCGGAGGCAGUACCAGUCCAACUUCCAUAAUCGACCAAACCACCGAUCGGCUCAUCAACGGGGAUCUCCGAAAGGGUGCCCGGGUGGAACCGCUUCCCGGGAGGAGACCCACCACCUCCGGCGACGAGCAGUACGAUGUGAUAGACGUCUUGGAGUCCACCGGCACGGUGGUGGGCAAGCCCAAGAGCGGCCAGACCACCAGAAUCUACACCACCGGCGAGGUGGAUGAGAACUUCUGGCUGAAGCACUUGGGCGAUGACUUCCGACAUGCGAUCCACUUGCAGGUCGGUGGCACCAACGAGGAGUACAAUCGGCUGAUCAACCAGACCCAGAACGGAGUCCACGAGGAGGUGCAUCACGAGUACCUGCCGGGAGCGGAACGGCCAGGAGCUGAUCCCCAGUCGGGCUAUGGAAGGGGGCAGAACUUUGACAAUCGGGCGGUGGCUUCGAAGCAACAGUAUCUGAGGCAGAGGCAGCACAAGCAACAAAGAUACAAUUUCGCACAACAGUACACACCCAACACACAACAACAACAACAACAACAUCAACACACACCACAGCAACACCAACACCCACAACAACAGUACCAACCACAAACAUCACACAGAAAUAUGAGAUAUCCGCAGAAACCGCAGCCACAACCCCAAAGGGGCUACAUUAUUAAUUCCAGCGAAGAUCAGCUCCACGCCGCCCAAUCGAAUCCCUCGCCGGUUAGGUCCUCCUCCGCCGGAGGAGGUGGCCCUGUUCCUGGCGAGGAGAGGGAGUCCUUUGGCAGCCAGCUGCCCUUCAAGUCGCCCUUUAACGACUACGGCAGUCGACCCACCAGGGAUCUCACCUACCUCCUCUACAAGAGGGGUCUCUAAAGUAGCCCUAAGAUCUUAGAUAUAAGAAACACAACAACACAAUACAUGAGGCUGAAACACACACAACAUGAUACACAACAAAAAACAUACAACAUGCAACAUACAACAUACAACAUCAAACAUCACAACAAAACAUACAGACACUUGAAGAAAAAUAUACAAAGGAAACACACAUCACACUUUCAAGGAGUAUGGGGUAUUAUUACAAAAAAAAUAAAUAUUAAAAAAAUAUAAAUAAA